UCUAAGUGCAAUGCAGGAGAUUUGUGCCCUUCUAGCCCAAACGCGAAAGAAUAUUUCUGAGUGCUAAGCGGCUGUGCCUUUUCUGCUUCACACCCGACUCGAGAGUGAUGGCUAUCGCUGACGCUUGAGUUCUCAAAUCGCAAGCCCUAGUUCAAUUAUCGCCGAGUUUUUUACUGCUAAGUUUUCAAGAUAGGAGAUGAGCAAGAGAAAAAACCCUCUUGUGUUUUUUGAUGUAUCAAUUGAUGGAGAUCCUGUUGAAAGAAUUGCUUUUGAGCUUUUUGCAAAUUUUGUCCCCAAGACUGCGGAGAAUUUCCGGGCUCUUUGUACAGGUGAGAAGGGCAUUGGGAAAACAACUGGGAAACCUCUUCACUAUAAAGGAUCUUUCUUCCAUCGAAUUAUCAGAGGAUUCAUGGCCCAAGGUGGUGACUUUUCAAAGGGAAAUGGCACUGGUGGAGAAAGUAUAUAUGGAGGGAAGUUUGCAGAUGAGAAUUUUAUAUUGAAGCAUGAUGAACCAGGUCUUCUCUCCAUGGCAAAUAGUGGUCCAAACACAAAUGGUUCCCAAUUCUUUGUAACUUUUAAGCGUCAGCCUCAUCUUGAUGGGAAACAUGUGGUUUUUGGAAAGGUCAUAAAGGGAUUAGAUGUCGUGAAAAAAAUUGAACAGGUGGGAACAGGUGAUGGCAAACCCAUUCGCCCUGUAAAAAUUGUAGAUUGUGGUGAAACUUUUGAAAACAAAAUUCAGGAUGUUGUUGGAAAGGAUGCAGGAAAGAAGAAGAAAUCAAGAAAGCUUCCUUCUUCAGAUGAUAGUUCUGAUGGAAAAACUAGAGGAAAACGCAAAAAAACACUGAAGGAUAGAAGAAAGAAAAGAAAAAGGAUAUACUAUUCAACCGACUCACAGAGCUCAGAUUCUGACUAUGAUUCAGAUUCUUCUUCUUCUUCAAAUUCUGAUACCUCUUCAUAUUCAGAAUCAGAUUCAGAUUCAGAUUCAUCACUGUCUGAUUCAGGUUCAUCUAGUGAUGGAAGGCGUAGGAAGAGGAAGUCAGUGAAACGAGAUAAAAGCAAGCGCGGGAGGAAACAGAGGGAUGGACGAAGGGGGAAAAAAAGAGUCCGGCAUAAUAAAAGAUCAAAGCACAAGUCUAAAUGGAGUUCUGAAAGUGCCAGUCAUACAGAGAGUGCUAGUGCUAGUGGUAGUAGCAGUUCUGAUGACGAAGAAGCUGAUCAUUGCAAGUCUGCUCGAAAAACCAGUAACUCUAGUCUUCCUGAAAAGAAAUUGGGGGAGAGUCAUGAGGCGAUGAAAAGUUCCCCCAUUAGGCUACUAGGAAAAAAAGCCAUCUCAGAAAGUAAUCGUGAGCCAAAAACAACUGAGGCAAACACAUCAAAUGAAGAAGGUGAAUUGUCUCCUAAGAAUGAUGAGCAAGUAAACAAUGGGAAUGGCAUAGAUCCUAAAGUGGAGAGGACCACUAAACGCCAUUCUUAUUCUGAUGACUCGAGCAAAUCUAGGAGUUCGACACCAAGUAGGAGGAGGUCAAAUAAUAGCCACAGGAGCGGUCGAAGCAUGAGUCCUAAAAAGGUGUACAGAAGUCCGAGAUUCAGAGGUGACAGUAGAAGUCCCUCUAGGAAGUCUGGUGAACUAAGCCAGGGAAGAUCUCAAAGAAGCCCACCGGAUAAUCUUGUCCACAAAGCCCCUGAAACAUCUAACUCUAAUCAUGGGCGGGAAUUAUCAAGAAGCCGAUCUCCAAACGGCACUCCCCAGCGCGUUAGAAAAGGACGUGGCUUCACUGAGCGUUAUUCCUUUGCACGUCGAUACCGCACCCCCUCUCCAGAGAAAUCACCUCGGAGGCCCUACCGUUAUGGUGGAAGAAAUAUUAAUGAAAGAAACCGUGAUAGGUAUACAAGCUAUAGAAGUUAUUCUGAGCGAUCACCACGUAGACGCUUCAGAAGCCCACCAAGAGGCAGGAGUCCCCCCAGACAUGGAAACCGAAGAAGCCGAAGUAGGAGCAUUUCUCGUAGUCCAGGCAGUUAUCGUGGCCGUUACAGGGAUCAAAGCCGGAGUCAGAGUCCAAUUCGCAGUCCUAGUCCUAGAGAUAAGCGACCUUCAAUAAGUGAGGGUCUGAAAUCGCGUCUGGGCCCCCGAAUUGAUGAUCAACGCUCAUUGAACAAAGGAAGAUUGAGGUCCAGUUCUAGGUCCAGGAGUCGUGGAUCCUCACUUUCUAGAUCUUCUGAUGCUGUACCCCCAAAUCAUCACAGCAAAACAACCAGCAGGUCUAGGUCAAGCUCACCUUCUGGUCAGCAGCGGGGUUUGGUUUCGUAUGGUGACAUCAGUCCUGAUUUGGGAACGAGUGUAAGUUGAACAGCAUGGGCUGGUUGGUUGCAAAUUUCAUUGUGCAUUUUCCCGUGUGCUUCGAGAACAAAGGUGAUAAUGAAAACUGAAACGUGGGUGUUUUUCUUCAAAAAGCAUGCUGAGCACAAUUUAUGGAGCAACAGAAGGUGAUAGGGUUUUCUCUCUUAGGCUCUUAAUUGUUGACCAGACUUCCAGUGGGAAGGAAGAACUUACUGAAGGCUUGGUGUCCAACUAGAGUCGUAUUAAGGGCUGGUGAAACAUUUCAUUUCUACAUUUAGUGGCUUAGAUUUUCUGUAAUCUGUUGUGGAAUUGUAGUAAUUACCAACCCAGAUUCAAUUGGACCCGUUGAUUUCAAUACCUAGAUGAGGUAAACUCGGUGCCUGCACACUGUUUAGCAUUAUGGUUAGUGUCGUUUUGGACCUUACAUAUUAUGGGUCUCUUUUUACCAGGUUGCAUCUGAUACAGGUUUCUAUUUUCCAAUGCUAGGUAACUAGGGCCUGCUGCUUGUAUUUUUCCCAAUGACUUCUUUCUUGGCUUUGACUAUCACUGUUUCUUUUAUUUUAUUUUAUUUUCUCA